AUGGUUGCAACACGAAGCAGGGGACCACCCAAGGAAGACGCCAAAGAGCCUGGUGACUUCAAGCAGAGCUCCGAGUUCCGUGUCACGAAGCCUGCCCCGCCGAAAAGGAAAAAGAAGACGACGGAGAAGACCACGAGAGAGGGAAAGGGAAAGGCACCUGCCAAGACUGUGUAUGCACAGCCUGAUGGCCUGACCAAAGAAGCGCUUUUUGAGGAUCUCAAGAGGUCUUACGUUGGAAAAGCUCCUGUGCAUCCUGCCCCAAAGCUUGGCCGCAGGCAGACAAGAUGGAAGCAUCCGGGAGACCCUAUCACGGAUCUGAAAAAUGUUCCUACAGGCUGGAACUCAAAUGAGCCCGACCUUGAUCCUAGGGAUUUGGAUGCUCAGAUUGCUAGAUGCAAAGAACGAAUCGAAGAUGGUAUCUUGCCUGCGGUAUUUCAGUGGAAGCUUGAUACGUUCGAAAAGCUAAAGGCAGAGCAAGAUGCGAUGUGGGCCGCAGAGUCUGGCGUAACUGAUUGGAAUGUCGUUCAGCGCUUGAGCGCUCUUAGAGUGUGUUAUGAGACGCUUCAGAAAGGUCCAGACGACUUUAAGUUAAAAGAAACUGCGAUGGCCAUUAUGAAAGCUUAUAGAUCCGGAGAUCUGACAUGGAACGAAGGGCUCGUGACCUACUUUUCUAAGGGGAGGCAGAUUUCCCAGCCAAGGCGAUUCAUCUACGAGGAAUUUAUCGAGAUUGCGAAUGCCAACGAUGGAACGACUGGCUUUUGGGUUGAGGGUGUAAGUCUCAGUCUUCGGCUGCCCGGCUCGCAAACCCAUAGCACACUCAGUUUUGUCGAUGACACUGGGAGUACCGUUAUGCAAAUCACCGCCGCAGACCUGAAAUUGCUCCUAAGCCAAUCUGGGGCCCCUCGAAUGCCGGUUGCGGGCAUGCUGAAUAUGGGCCUCGCGGAUGGGUCACAGGCCGCCCAUCCAGUGAUAUACCUCCAAGUCAACAUGCCCCACAUGGAACAGGUAGUCUUCCAGCCCCCCGACAAGGACGGGGUUGAGUUCCCAUUGCUAGAUACAAAAGGUGAUUGGGUUAUAAACUCGGUACAAGGUCCCACCUGGGAUACAAUUCAAGUUAUUGUUAAUGAACAUCCGCUGGCACCCCGGCUCAAUGGACCUUGGAUGCGAUUGAGGUGCUAUACUGCUACAGAUCCUAGUGAGACGGGGAGGAUGACGCACAUCUUUGAUGACCACAGAGACUUCGAGCUGUUUGUGCCAAAGGUUUCGAAGGAGGACGCGUGGGCAAAUCCUCUCCCUCAUUAUGGACUGGGGCCCCGGCCGCCGGGUCUAACUCACCUCUCUUAUCCACCGCCGAACCCACCCGUUCCUCAUGGUCCACAAGCUAGAGUUACAGAA